AUGGAGCAUCGAUGCAGUGGUCUCCUGUAUCUAUUAAGGAUCGAAGUUCAAGGCGUCAAGCCACACUUUGUGGCGAGUGCACGGCACAGCACAGCAUGGGCAACGAAAGCGCAGAAUAUUGCGUGUCCGGGGUUCCGUCACACACUCCUCCCCGCUCCUGCAGAAUUCGUGUACAAUAAUAGGGUGAAGUGGGCUGACGCAACCCCGGAUAGGGUGUGGUACUCACACCAACGUGGACAGCAACACGUUGCUCUCACGAGACCGUGCCACCGUGGUACAUGGGAUGUACAUGGCACUGGCAGUCAGCGCUUGCAUGCAACGGCAAUGGCAAUGGCAAUGGCAGCGCAUGACACGGCGGUGUGCCUCAUACGGCGUCGUCUCUUCACAUAUUCUAAAUGCGAGCUGGCCGUGAUCCGUUGGUGGCCGCGGGCGUUGCGGGAGACAAUUUGGGUUCAAGUUGCGAUUCAGGUCAGUCGAGGUUUGUGGUCACCGUCGAGGUUUGUGGUCACCGUCGGCGGUUACUUGUUCCAACUUUGGUAUCACCGGGCGUGGUGGAGGGUGUGGGUGUGGGCAGAAGUAUGGGCUCCGUGUGAGCCGGUGAAGGCGUGCUUGGCAAAUUUCGUCCCUAAUUUAAAGGUUUCGAACCUUCCGCUUCUUGGCUAUUAG